GGAUCAUCAUCUUUGAGGUUUCUACUUCUACUAGGGUUUUUCUUUUUCUUCAUUCUAUUCCUCUCCAUCUAUCUUCCUAUUUUCCCAACUAAAAUGACGAAAUUCAGGAAGCUUAACCGACCCACCGGUCAUCGUAUGUCCAUGCUCAGAACAAUGGUUUCCCAGCUGGUGAAGCACGAGCGCAUUGAAACUACCGUUGCCAAGGCAAAGGAGGUCCGGCGACUUGCUGAUAACAUGGUACAGCUUGGGAAAGAGGGUUCGCUGUCUGCUGCAAGGCGUGCUGCUGCUUUUGUCCGGGGGGAUGAUGCUAUUCACAAGCUAUUUACCGAACUGGCAUAUCGAUACAAAGACAGAGCGGGUGGAUAUACUAGACUGCUUCGAACUCGCAUACGAGUUGGUGAUGCUGCACCGAUGGCUUAUAUCGAGUUUAUUGACAGGGAAAAUGAGCUUAGACAGUCUAAGCCGCCAACUCCACCGCCACCACCGAGACCUACACUUGAUCCAUGGACGAGAUCACGGCUUAGCCGGCAGUUUGCACCCCCGAAAGAGGAGAAAAACUCCGCCGAAUCCGAGAUAUAAACCGGGAGCCCUUGUUCUCGGUGUUUUAAUAAUUUUUUUACAGACACAGUAGAUUCAAGCAACUGGUGAAAAUUUGUCUUGCCAUUGUCUACAUUUGAAGUAGAUACUAGUAAUUUUUUGGGGUAAAUUAC